UGUACAAUGGGUAUUGAAGGCGGGAAACUUACAUCAAGGUCAUCCUUGGGCGAAAAGUGAAAAGAUCGUAUGGUGACUAAAGUCUACAGAUUAUUCUCUAACUUGUGAGUGAGUGUACCUGUAUAUGUGUGCGUCACCACAUUGUAAUGCGAUACUUCAAAAGUCAAGGAUUUCGUCUGCUGACUGCAGCAUCAAUUUACUAUGGUUUACAUUCUACUGGAUCUGAGUUGAGAAUUCAACAGUGGAACUAUAAUUGGGAUAAAUCACAUGUUUUCUUUUCAAAACCUUUUUUGCCUGCAUGAACAACCAUCUGAUACGACCAAUGAUGUGUAGACUUUGGUCUUUUUCAAGAAAUGCUCUGUCUCUUUCGUUUGGCCAUAGUAAGCUAUGUUCACGCGCUGGUGAUGUUCCUUACAAGUGUCAAAGUGUAAAUGCUAACGUCUAGAGCUUACAACCGAACUAAUGUACAUGCAGGUUUACCUACAGAAGGUGUUGGAAAGCCCUGAUCCCAAACCUACGGUGUACUUUGGCUCAAGAACACGAAUGAACCGAAUAGCGUAUGGACCUGUUUUGGUCACUGGAAUCCUUGGGAACGCAGCUCUUGCUACUACUUCACUGCAUUAUGGAUCAAACUCUAAGUCAAAGACUCGGGAAGGCAGUGGUUCUUUAGGACAGUUACCUACUUCGGCGUAAGUAGGUGUCCAGGCAGUAUCCUAGUCGUCGUUGUGUGUCGCACCUUUUGGCGCCUUUAAUGUAUCAAUCAAUAAUAAUGAAAGCUUUUCUUGUCUUUCUAUAGGUGUACGCAGUGAUCUGAAGGCUGAUUCAAAGUUGAACACCAGUCACGAGCAUCAUCAGCAACAAUCAUAUUAUAAGCUAAUUAUAUUUAUACGUCAUGGACAAUAUCAUGUAAAUAAAAAGAAAUCAGAAGAGAAAGUACUCACGGAUAUUGGUUGGCGACAGGCAUAUGCUACAGGAUGUCGAUUGAAAGAAAUGGGAAUCAAAAUUGAUCGAAUUAUCCACUCAGAUUUAAUUCGUGCCAGACAAACAACAGCCGCUGUACUUGUUGGCUUACAAAAUAAUGUGGAUUCACUGUUUGACACACCAGAAAUUGUCAAGCUUGUGAGUCCAGAUGCAUCCAGGUUGGGGGAUUCUAUGUCCUGCCCUCUACCAGCAACUGGCACUCAUAAUAAUAGUAAUAAUGAACAAAACCCCACUUCGACAUCUGUAGCCGAUACUACUAGUAGUGCUACUACUCCAGUAGAUAUUCGAAUGAUUGAAUCCCCAUACAGUCCAUAUUUAAACGCGAAAUUCGAUUGCCAGUUGUCACGUUUCCUAACUGAAGGUCCACCACCAGUUGCACCUGUACCGUCAACAGCAUCUACAAGAAAGCGAUCCACUAAUAAUAAUAAUAUUCAUGAGAAAGAAGGUAUCCGCAUUGACAAUGGUUUCCAAGUCCAUCUGCAUAGACAACCGAUCACUAGUCAAGGUGUGAUAGCUUGUAACGGUCCUGAAUAUUGUCCAAUUCAAUGUUGUACGAAAACAAGUACUGGAACAUCUCCUGUUUAUCGUGAUAGUCAUCAUCAUCAUCAUCAUCGUCGUAGUAGUGUUGGUAGUAAUAGUAUUACCAUUGUCCAAUGUAAUUGUCCAUGCCAUCGAAUUGCUGAGAAUGAACCAAUUGAAACAAUUGUAUUUAUUGGUCAUGCAAAUGUAUUCCGCUAUUGGAUUUGUAGACUGUUACAAUUACCAUCUGAAGGUUGGUUACGUCUAUCGUUGGGUCAUGGAAGUAUUAGUAAACUCGUCAUCACAAAUGAUGAGUAUUUUGUGGAUAACAAUAAUCCUGCUAUUUAUAAUGAUCAAGGUGAUGAUGGCUCCAGGCAGGAGAUGACAUCAAAACAUUAUGGUUGUGCUGUUACUCUGUGCAGUUUUGGUGAUGUUGGACAUUUACCGCCGGAGUUGGUAACAUAUUAAAACUAUUCAGCCUAUUUUUGUCUUCUCCGACUGUCUUCUCCUACCCUCAAGCGCACAGUCUAGUCGCGUAUAUGUCAAUCAGUUUGAUGUCAGAUAGAGGAAUUAUAAUCUGCCACAUACACUUUUAUAUUGUAUGUAUACUAUACAGUUGAUUUUGAUUCUGUAUGAGAUUUUCAAAUAUAUAUUUUUAUAAUUUAUCUUAUUCGAA